GAUGUGUUUUUACUUAAAACAACCCAUCUGCUUCCAACAAUGAGGCCACAUUUGUCUGAUGAAGAGAACAUAAUCUGAGGCUCUUGUCCUACAACUACAUAAUGAUUCACUGGAUAUCUCUCCAAACACGCCGGUAUCCCGCGUGCCAGCUCCUACACCUUUGGACAAUUUCGCAGAAACUGUCGCAAAACUCUUUGCCGUAAAAUGUGCCUAAAUGCGGCCCUGUCGUAAGGUAGAGGGAGGGGCGCGCGCGCGCGAGAGAGAGAGAUAGAGAGAGAUUACAGAAACCACAAACAGAAACCUACCUAAAAAUCACCGGAAACAUUCUUCCAAAAGCCGAAACCGCAUUUAUCGGUAACAACAUGGAGGAUUUCAGUAUCGAUCAGAAAAAGCUUCCUGGCGUCAAAGAGGUGUGUCGUGAGUUUGCUGUGCUGGAGGAUCACUGCCUGGCCCAUAACCUUCAAGAACAAGAAAUUGAGAGCCACCUGGCCUCCAACAUCCACAAGAGUCGUCUGGUGCGGCAGGACCUCCGCGUGGCCAAGCGUCUCCAAGAAGAAGAGGACCAGCGGGCCAAAGCCCAGAGCCAGAAACAGCACCAAGACAUUGAACGCAAUGACAACGAAAUAGCACAAGAGAUUCAGGAGCAGCUGGUCCGGCAGGCCGAGAAGCAGAAGCAGCAGGAGGCUAAGGAUGAGGCCAUUGCUCGUAAGCUGCAGGAGCGAGAGAUGAAAGAGGAACGGAAGAGGCAGAAACAGCUGGAGGCCAAACUGGAAGAACAGUACUAUGAAGACAAAGGAGCUUACCGACCCCCUUCAGACCCUCGUCUGGAAUGCUUAGACUCUGAUUUGCCAGUGUCCGGCAGAGAAAGGUAUAGGGAGAUAAGCCAAGGUCAAUCUCCAGAUCGCUGGCCUCAAAAAUCAGAACAAAACAGACGACUGGACAAAUACCAAGAAUAUUACACUGUUGAAGGUGAGCCCUCAAGAGUCUCAGAGCAUCUGAAAUCUGAGCAGAACCAAGGGAAAAAUGAAGGCAAAGCAAGAAGGCAAGUGGCUGAGCACCACGUCUCAGAGGUAAGGACUAAAUACCCAGAGGAAUACUUGGCUGGAAGAAACAGACACGCAGAAGCAGAGCUGCGGUACCAGGAUGAGCGAGCAUAUAGAGAUGACCUGUAUAACAGGGACAGAACAAGGAGAAGAGAUCGGGAUCAAGAGCGAGAACGAGACCGAAGGAAAAAAGGAGAUAAAAUACAAUACAGUGACAAAAGUCAAGAAAAGCUGAAUAAGGACCCCGGUGGAGACAGACUCCGGCAAAAAGAAGCGGACUUUGGACAAAACGGCUACAGACACAGAAGCAGAGAUAGAGACCUGGACUUGGAAAUAGAAAAACCUGGACGUAAGGAGAGAAUAAGGGAUGGAGACAGACAUCGGAGUAGGGACAGAAGUAGAGGCCGAGAGUUAGAUGGUCGCUUUUUGGAAGAAAGCGAGGAGAAUGCAGACUACAGCAACAGGCAGAGGCUCUACAGCAGUGAUGAGGUGUUUGAGGAACCCAGCACUAGAAGUCUCUCUAAAGGGCAUAGCCCCAGAUUCAGAGGACGAGGCGUGCAGGAGGAGUAUGGGAUGAGAGAAGCAAUGCACAGUUUGUCUCAGAUCGAUCUGCGAGCCCAGGAGGUCAAGGACAUGGAGGUGGCACGCAGACUACAGGAAGAGGAGCUCUUGGCAAGUAAACUUGACAAGCGAGCUGCUCAAGUUGCACAAGAUGAGGAAAUUGCUCGACGAUUAAUGGAGGAAGAGGAAAGGGAGUACAAGAAGUCUCGAGAGAAGGAGAGACAGCAGAGACGAGCUGAUGGAGACUCCAGGCCCACAGAGGAGGAAAUGGCCCGACCACGAACGCGAGAGGAGUAUGACUACCAAAAGGCUCGGAAUCCCAAACCAUCCAGACCUCCAUCACACAUCCAUAACUAUGUGAAUGUGGACCCCAGUUACGAUUAUUCAGAUAACUACUCCCCUCGCCCGCCUUCCAGACCUGAAGCUGCUUACAAAGGUGCCUACUACAGACAGUGACUUGAGGCCCUUGCUGUCAUGAUUUGUGCAGUACUUCUGUUUUUUUUCUUCUUCACUUUUUCGAAGAUUCUGCUAGCGGGAGGUUGCUGGGUCUGUUUUUUGCGCUGAUCUCAUAUAAACCACCAAGUCCAAACUUUUGAAUACAAGCGCGUAUCGUCCUAGCUCCAUGUGCACGAUGAUUAAGCCCCUAUUUCCUGUGUGUGUUUGAAAUUUUCUGACAGAUUUUUUUAAUUUAUUUUUAAUUUAUGUUUUGUAAAAAAAGACACAAGUCAUAUCAUUUACUUUUUUAGAUAAUAUUAUGUUGUUGUGAUAUCAGUGUUGUUAUGAGUAAAUGUAUUUACUGCCAUCAGCUGUACCAGAAAACCAACAACUGAUGUACACUUCACUUCCUUUUCACACCAGCAGGGGUGUGUCCUGCGUAGAAAGAAACAUAAACGCAGAUCAGGAGUGAGUAUUUAUUUACUUCUCGUUAUGCCAUGUGGCUGAUUGUUUUCGACCCAUUUUGAUCUCAGCCAUUACAAGGAUUUUAGAUCCAUCUGCAUUUUUUUUUCAGGGAAAUGUAUGACACGCUUAUUUGGACUGCAUGUGUAGAAUGGAAAAACACACAUCAGAUAAAUUCCUUUGGUACAGUAUUAGUGCCUCUACUAUACAAGUGUUUAGUUGCCAGUACUGUCUUACAUUCAUCACCAUGAAAACAUCACGUAUCUAUCAUUGAAGGUUUGAACAAGCUAAUUAUGCUGAAGUAAAGUUACUUGAGUAUUAUUCGACCCUUUUUUCUAAACUGAAUAGAUGAUCAUUUAUGGAAUUUUUUUAAGUGCUUGCUGUAAAGUGAUUCUGCUUCAAGUGCUGUCAUUUCGAGGGGCAAGAAAUCUGAUUUACAUAUAUAUCUGUGUUUGAAGAGGCAAUAAAAAAAAUCAGCGUGAUGAUAUUCCUGCUCAGAAAAGGCCUUGAGAGUCACUUUUUUGUUAUACAAUCAAAUGCUGUAUGUCCUUGUGAUCAACCAUGAACGUUUGUAUCUUGCACAUUAUAUCAGGAGUAACACUGGCCAAGUAUGAUUUAAAUAAGAAAUAAAUGGUUUUUAAGUAUGA